AUGAAGUUCAUGACCCUGUUGUUCGGCCUCUUGGGCUUGGUGACUGUGGCUGCCGCCUGGAGCAAGGAAGAUCGUGAAAUCUUCCGCAUCCGUGACGAGCUGCGCGCUCACAUGGAAGACCCCGACCAGAGCUUCUACGACCUUCUCGGCAUCAAGCCCUCGGCCUCGAUCGAAGACAUUAGCAAGGCCUUCCGCAAGAUUACGCGCUCCCUUCACCCCGACAAGGUCGCGCAGAAGCUCAAGGCUGAGCGCAUCGCCGCCAAGAAGGCCGGCACCUUCAUCCCCGGCGUCAACAUCAACAAGCCGCCGAGCCAGAAGGAGAUCCGCGCCGCCGUCAAGGUCGCCGAGGAGCGCCAGUCGCGCCUCAGUCUCGUCCGCAACAUCCUCAGCGGGCCCGAGCGUGACCGCUACGACCACUUCCUCCGGAACGGCUUCCCCGCCUGGAAGGGCACAAACUACUACUACGACCGCUACCGCCCCGGUCUCGGCACCGCCCUGUUCGGCGUCUUCUUCUUCGCCGGCGGCGCCAUCCACUACCUCGCCCUCUACAUGAACCACCGCCGCCACAAGGACUUUAUCGAGCGCUACAUCAAGUUCGCCCGCGACCAGGCUUGGGGUGACAACCUCGACGUCCCCGGCAUCGACUACGCCUCGCCCUCCCCUCCCCCUGCCGACGACGACGAGCAGCAGCAGGCCGCCCUCCCUGUCAACCGCCGCCAGCGCCGCUUCGAGGAGAAGGCCGCCCGCAAGGAAAAGGGCACCACAAAGGUCAAGCGCAGCGCUGGCAGCGGCACCGCCACGCCGCGCGAGACGCAGGGCGACCGCCCCGUCGGACCCCGCAAGCGCGUCAUUGCCGAGAACGGCAAGGUCCUCGUCGUCGAUCACAGCGGCAACGUGUACCUCGAGGAGCACGACGAGGAGGGCAACCUCGAGCAGUUCCUUCUCGACCCCACCGAGCUCAAAGAACCCACCUUCUUCGACACGGCCGUCGUUCGCCUCCCCGUCUGGGCCUUCAACAGCACCGUCGGACGCGCGCUCGGCAAGAAGCCCGCCGCCGAGGACCUCGACCUCGUCGACGUCGACUCGGACAAUGACCCCGUCCACGACACGCCCGGCACCGACUCGGCCGCCGAGGACUUUGAGCUGCUCGACAAGUCGACCGACUCGCUCGGCAAGGCCAAGUCAUCGGGCGCCCAGGCCGGCGCCAAGGUCAACAGGCGGAAGAAGAGCAAGCGGUGA